AUGAGGGAGAAAGACAUGCCGUACUCUGAGACAACGCCUCUGCUGGAGGUCCAUGUCGCCCCGCGGCGGCAGCGGUACCCACAUCAUGCUCUUCGUCGUACCUGUACUUUGUUCCUCGGCACGCUUCUAGUAGUGGCCACCAUUUUGUUCAUGAUCCCCGGUGCUAUCCUGCCGCGAGAGCACGGCUCAAUCUGGUCAUAUGCUCCCUGGUCCAACCCAUACCCUCAUGACGCCUGGCCGCAAGGCUUUGGUCUUCCAUACGACCAGCUCCAACAGGUCCUCAUCAAUACCCCUUCGGCAGCCAAGGCCCGUGAAUGGAGCGAGUACUAUACCGCUGGUCCCCACCUGGGGGGCCAGGCACUUUGGACCUUGGAGAAGUGGAAGGAGUUUGGCGUCGAGGAUACCACCCUUGCGACCUAUGACAUCUACAUCAACUACCCGCAAGAUCACCGUCUAGCUCUUUUGAAGAAGUCUGGCAAAGACACAGAAGUCACCUUCGAAGCUACCUUGGAGGAGGAUGUUCUGGAAGAAGAUCCCACUUCCGGUUUGCCGGACAGAGUGCCCGCCUUCCAUGGAUACUCGGCAAGCGGUAAUGUCACUGCCCAAUACGUGUAUGCCAACUUCGGCACCUAUAAAGACUAUGAGGACCUUGUGAACGCAAAUAUAACCUUGCAAGGCAAGAUUGCCAUCGUGAAAUAUGGUGGAAUCUUCCGCGGCCUGAAGGUCAAGCGUGCGCAGGAGCUUGGUAUGGUGGGUGUGGUGAUCUAUAGCGAUCCUCAGGAGGAUGGCGAAAUCACGGAGGAGAAUGGUUACGAGGCUUACCCGGAUGGCCCAGCUCGUAACCCCAGUGCAAUCCAGAGGGGUAGCACACAGUUCCUGAGUAUCAUGCCUGGUGAUCCCACGACACCGGGGUAUCCCUCCAAACCCGGGUGCGAACGCCAGGACCCGCACGGCUCUAUUCCUUCCAUCCCAUCCCUGCCUAUUUCCUACAAAGAGGUCUUGCCUUUCCUCAAGGCCUUGAAUGGACAUGGUCCUAAGGCUUCGGACUUCAACAAGUACUGGCAGGGCGGCGGUUUGGGCUAUAAAGGCGUGGAGUAUAACAUUGGACCUUCGCCUGAGGACGUGGUCAUCAACCUUGACAAUCAACAGGAGUAUGUGACCACCCCAUUGUGGAACGUCAUCGGUGUUGUCAAGGGCCACAUCGCCGACGAGGUCAUCGUCCUUGGUAACCACCGUGAUGCUUGGAUUGCCGGCGGUGCAGGUGAUCCCAACAGUGGAUCCGCUGCUCUCAACGAGGUCAUUCGCAGCUUUGGCGAGGCCAUGAAAGCUGGAUGGAAGCCACUGCGCACCAUUGUCUUCGCCAGCUGGGAUGGCGAGGAGUAUGGCCUACUCGGUUCUACUGAGUGGGUAGAAGAAUACCUUCCUUGGCUGUCCAAGGCUAAUGUUGCGUAUCUGAACGUUGAUGUCGCCGCGGCUGGCACGGACUUUAGCCCUCGUGCUGCGCCCCUUUUGAACAAAGUCAUCUAUGAGGUGACCGGCCUUGUGCAAUCUCCUAAUCAGACCGUUCCGGGUCAGACCAUUCGCGAUGCUUGGGAUGGUAAGAUCGCGACCAUGGGAAGCGGUAGCGAUUUCACUGCUUUCCAGGACUUCGCCGGUGUCGCUAGUCUAGAUUUCGGAUUCGGUCGUGGGAUCGACGAUCCUGUCUACCACUACCACUCGAACUAUGAUAGCCUCGCGUGGAUGGAGAAGUAUGGCGAUAAAAACUGGGAGCACCACAUUGCUACCACUAAGCUGUGGGCUCUUGCAGCCGCCCAGCUCAUUGAGACACCAGUGAUCUCGUUCAAUGCCACUGACUAUGCCCUUGGACUGGGCUCAUAUCUGAGCCGGGCCAAGCCUUCAGCGGAUCAACUUCAUGAUGGACAACACUUUGACUUCUCCGGGCUGGAUUUGUCUAUCAUUGAGUUCCUGGAGGCCGCAAAGACAUUCGAUGCCUGGGCUGCGGAUCUGAACACCAAGCUGGGUGAGGAUAUCCCGUGGUACCACUGGUGGAAGAAGGUCCGACUUCUCUUCCAAGUCCGGAUUGCCAACAACAAGUAUAAGGGUAUCGAGCGUGCGUUCCUCUACCAGCCGGGUCUUGAUGGCCGUGACUGGUUCAAGCAUGUCGUCUUCGCUCCGGGUAUUUGGACUGGUUAUUCGGGCGCCACAUACCCCGGACUGGUGGAGAGCCUCGAGGCCGGAGAUGUGGAGAAUGCCAAGAAAUGGAGUAAAAUCAUCGAAGAACGGGUGGGAGCCGCAACCAAGUUGAUCUCGUAG